AGAUAUGGUAUACCUCUCAUCCAAAACGAUCCGGAUUCAACCGAAGAAACCGUUACGCUUCUGCGAAUCAAACAACCGAAUUGGGGAAAGACAAAGUGGUUUGAUUCGAGUUCAAAAAACUGGAAAUCAAUGGCGUCCUUGUUCAUUGCUCCAUCUAUAACUGUUCCAAGCUGUAAUCUUUGUUCAAAGAUCCAUGGUAGUAGCUUCAGAGUUAUUGCUAAUCCUACCCUUAAUUUUCUUUCUGUCUCUUCUCGACCCGAAGAUCAUCUUCGCUUCGCCUCUAUCCAUAGAUAUCAAUCGUAUUCGAGCAAUGAAGAAGAAGAAGAAGACUCGCAGGAAGGCCUGGUUCAAGACCUUAGGGUUCCCGAGCAUUGGCUCGACCCUUCCAAAGCCCUAGAGGAAUCAGAGUGGCUAAGGGUAACUCUCCACAAAUGGUUGGAUGACGAGUACUGUCCAGAGCCAACUAAUGUGGACAUCAGCUGUGUUGCUGCCCGCUCAUACUACAAAUCUUUGGUGGAGAGACAAACUGACCUGGGUGAGAUUCUAUUAAAGAUGGCUAGAGAAUUGGAAUCUAUUUCCUAUCAGGAAAGCUUUCAUGGAGCUUUCUCAUCAGCAAAUGCAGCAGUAAAUCUAAUCAUCCAACGGAUAGAGCAGGACUAGCAGCUUGACCAUUCACAAUGUUUGAAAUCUGUUCCCUGCUCUUUUAUUCUUGUUUAGAGUUUCUUUUUGUAAUUUGCCUCCAUAUCAUAUGAUAAUUCAAGUAUCGUUGUUCUAUUGAAGGGCAUUUACUAAUUUAAAUGUGUUAGUGUAUAUAUUAGCUGUGAAAUACCAACUAGCUUUAAUAAUGUUGUCUCCUUAGUGCAUGCUUUCAUGUUCUUCUUUCGGCCACCUUUGGCCUCUUUGUAACACUCUCUCCUCUAUAAAGGAGAGGUAUCUGAACAUUGUAAUAUACUCAUUCAAUACAUGAAUAAUACACAAUUAUUUUCUAUA